UACUCUCGCGAGAUUAGGUUACCGGUCUUUACCGUCAUGGCUGCUAUACACAAGCUUCGCAAGUGUGUUGUGUCUCCCACAGGGAAGCACUCCGCUUCGGUUAUCUUUCUGCAUGGUUCAGGUGACACAGGGCAAGGAUUAAGAGUUUGGGUUCGAGAUGUGAUGAUGCCUGGUCUGACCUUUGCCCACAUCAGAGUCAUUUACCCCACAGCCCCAGCAAGACCAUACACACCAAUGCAUGGAGCUCUGUCCACCGUUUGGUUUGACCGAUACAAGAUCUCAUACGACAGCGCAGAGCACCUACAAUCCAUAGAUGCCAUGUGCAGCACCUUAGGGUCCAUCAUUCAGGACGAAGUCAUUGCUGGGAUCCCCAAACAUCGAAUAAUCAUCGGGGGCUUCUCCAUGGGUGGCGCUAUGGCCCUCCACUUGGCAUGUCGCUACCACCCUGAUGUCGCUGGGGUUUAUGCGCUCUCAGGUUUCCUCAAUAAAGACUCUGUUGCUUUUCAGGCAGUGGAAGAGCGCGUCAGAGCGGGACAUUCCCUCCCGGAGUUGUUCCAGUGCCAUGGGACAAGUGAUGAGCUGGUGCUUCAUCAGUGGGGAGAGGACACAUCGGUAUUGCUACAGAAGGCAGGGAUGAAAACCACUUUCCACUCCCUUCCCGGUCUCCACCACCAAAUCUCCCUGCAAGAGAUGGAGCUGCUGAAAGCCUGGAUUCUCCAAAAACUUCCAUCCAGCUGAUCCUGAUCCCUGUCAACUCCUCAUUGUGUGUGUAAUGUUAUUUUUGCAAAAAUUGUUUAUAUUUUGUUAUGUGUUUAUUGUUGCCAUUCUUUAUUGAGAAAGCAUGUAAAGGUGUUAAUAUAA